UUCUCUAACCCCGGUGCGAAGAGACCAGACGAGACAUGGCUGCCACUCUGAAGGGAACUGUCGUCUCUCUUCUUCUUCUCUCCUCCAUUUCUCAAGGUGUCCAUGGUGUUGACGUGUUCCACCAUGAGUCAGUGAGAGCUGUAGAGGGUCAGAACAUCACUCUACCCUGUUUACUAGAAGUGAAGGAGGGACGUAAACCCGUCAUCUCUCAGGUAGAAUGGAGGAAGAAAGGAGAGCUGGAGGACUACAAGCUGGUAGUGUUUAACCCUAGCUUUGGUGAAACCCUCGUCUGGCCAAACGUCGCCCUGGACGUGGAGUGGGACAAGGACAAGGAGAAGCUAAUGGGCACAUCUCUGGUUCUGAAGGAUGUAGAGGCUAGGGACAGCGGGCGCUAUAUCUGUGACAUCACUACCUACCCCAACGGGUCCAUCAGGAAAGUCACUCGGCUGAGAGUUGAAGGUCCUGCUGUCACUGUGACCCCCGGCAACAAUGUAACUGAACCUACAGUUACCGACAACAACGUAACUGAACCUACGGUUACCGACGACAACGUAACUGAACCUACGGUUAACGACGACAACGUAACUGAACCUACAGUUACCGACGACAACGUAACUGAACCUACAGUUACCGACGACAACGCAACUGAACCUACAGUUACCGACAACAAGGCAACUGAACCUACAGUUACCGACAACAACGCAACUGAACUUACGGUUACCGGCAACAACGUAACAAGCGACCUAACAGGGCCAGGAGAGAUUACAACCCCCACAGCUAACUUCAGCGUUGCACCAGACACCCUCACCUCCUCUACCGUACAGGAAGUCAACACCAGUAUCACUAUGACUACCUCUGUCACCCAGCUAAUCAACUCCAAUACACACCGAUCAGUCAACACAGAGGCGGGACCAAAGGGGUCAGAGGUCAACAGCUCCACAGACAGUCCAAUCAGAGUCCCAUCCACGGUCCAAUCAGGAUCCACCUAUCCACCCAAGGUCCAAUCAGAUCAGCCCACUCCAUGGAGCGUCCGAUCCGAUGGUGGGCAGAGGAACGAGUCUGAAGCAGAGGCCUCCAGCUUUGGUGGUCAGGGAGGCCCAGUGUCCACUCCGCUAAACCCAGAGAAGAGCACCCUGGAUGGGGAGAAGGAAGACCACACCCUGGGGACCUCCACCACCUCCACCUCCACUCCCUCCCAUGGAGAGACAGGUCCCAGUCAGAGGUACGUGGUGGUGUGGGUGCUGCUUCCAGUCCUGGCUCUGCUGCUCGUGGUAGGGUUCCUCUACAGACGGUACAUCAUCCAGAAGAGGAUGGACCUCCCUCCCCCCUUCAAGCCUCCUCCCCCUCCAGUGAAGUAUUCCUCUUUGAGAGCUUAUGACGUCCCCAUGACCGACAUCCUCACCUGAAGGGGGAGCUGUUGUAUUUGUCUUAUGGUUUAAUGAAACCCUCCAUUGGUCCUCAUUCAUUUUAUAGUGAUACUAAAUGCGCGUCCUCUGAUGUCAGAAAUAUAAAUGAGCCUUUUACUGUAAUACAUUUUCUGUGCCAAUGCUGUGUGAUUUAAUGGUGCCCCUUUACAAAGCUGGACUUUGAAGCCUUUUCUUCUGUUAUGUUGCUAUGCGGUUUUGAUUUUCAAUGAGCUUUUACCAAAGAUUUUUGUUACAGAAAUGUCUUUAUGGUUAAACUUUGGUGUGAAUGAAGGAAACCAAAAUAUUCUUUAUUACAUUUGUAAAUGUUAUAUUUUCUUUUACCAGAUAUAUUUGAUGAAAUAAUUAAGAUUGCAAUUGAAUGUAUCCAAUCUGUUUAAAUAAAUAUCUUAAACAUA